GUCUUCUUGCGGUAAAAGUGCUAAACUUAACGCGUAAUCCAAGGCUAACCUACAGAUUUAAAAUCUACGUGAUGUUUUGACUGAUAUGUUGAAAGGUAUUUGGAGGGGUUGAAGUAUUGUCAUGUUACAUUUAAAAAAGUAUUUAACGUAAAUAAAUAGAUAUCAUAUUAUGUAUUUGUAUGAUAUCGAGUGUAUUGCUGGUUGUUAAAUAGGGCAUUUCAUUCUUAAAUAGUUGCGUAAUUUACAAGCUUUGUGUUACUGUCAGUAAAUAUGGCCGAAACAGAGGAAGAUCUUACCAUACCACGAGCUGCGAUGAACAAAAUGAUCAAAGAACUUUUGCCGCAUAUUCGUGUUGCAAACGAUGCAAGAGAACUCAUCCUUAAUUGUUGCACAGAAUUUAUUCAUCAUAUAUCUUCUGAAGCUAAUGAUAUUUGUAAUAAACAGCAAAAAAAGACCAUAUCAGCAGAACAUGUGCUUGGAGCAUUGGAUUCCUUAGGAUUUGGCUCGUAUAAAGAGGAAGCUGAAGCUGUUUUAAAAGACUGUAAAGCUAUGGCUGCCAAAAGAAGGAGACAGAGUACUCGCUUAGAAAAUCUAGGCAUUCCAGAAGAAGAGCUUUUACGGCAGCAACAGGAACUUUUUGCAAGGGCUCGUCAAGAGCAAGCUGAAUUGGAACAGCAGCAAUGGCUUCAAAUGCAACAGACUGUUCAACAGCAGCUACAAUUACAGCAGCAAAAUAGUCGAACCGAUGAAGAUGAUGAUGAUGAGUAUUAAUUAAUUCACUACAUUUGGGACAUACCUUCUAGAGCUACAGCCAGAAACAGACAUGAGGAUAAAUUAUACUAAAAUUUAUUUGCACAUCUAUUCCAUUUGUAAAAAAAUUCACUCACACAUGCUGUACUUUUCUCUACAUGAACACAACUUGUAAUAAUAUUUCCUUGCUGUGACUUUCAA